AUGGACAGUAGUAGUGGCGGCACUACUACUACUACUACUACUACAGACAGUGGUGGCGGUGAUAAAGAAACUGAUGUCAAAUGGUUGCAACAGUUAGGCUCAGUGGUCAACACCCAUACCAAUGGUCAUGUUGUCGAUAGCCAUCAUCAUCACCACCACAACAGUAUCACUACUACUACCACCACUACCAACAACAACAACAACAGCACAUCCAUCCUAAGCGCCAACAAUACCAACAAUAGAAAUAUGAAACUAAUGGAUUUGGACGACUUUCUACACGGUAUUGGUAUACAUAUGCCGGCGGCACCGGUAGUGGCAGUACCGACGGCACUAUCCACAACCGAAAACAACAAUAUAGCCGUCGGUGAUGGUGGUGGUGGUCAUCAUCAUCAUCAUCAUCAUCAGCAUAGCCCACAUCAUAACUAUAAUAAUCAUCACGAGUGCAAUGGCCAUCACCAACAACAGCAGCCAUUGGCUGUUGAAGCACUGGAACAGCUAUACGAUGACAACAACAACAACAACGCUGAGGACAGUCGUCCACUAAUACAGUCGGCACCGGCACCGCCACCAGCACUACUUAAGCCAGUGGUUGUCGACCUCCUGAAACCACAGCCGAUCGUACAUAAGUCAAAAAAACAGAUAACACCCGACGAUGCCAAAGAUGAUAGGUAUUGGUCGAAACGGGCAAAGAAUAACUAUGCGGCCAAACGGUCGCGUGAAAGUCGCCGUCAACGGGAAAACCAGAUCGUGUUGAGGGCUAACUAUUUGGAACGGGAGAACCAGUCGCUCAGGAAAUGUCUGAAACAGCUGGAAGAGGAGAAUCUGGAGUUACGCAAACUGUACCAACGAUGCUGACACUAUACCCAU